ACGCAACAACAAACACACACUGACCUUUCACCGCACCUGAUCGAGCCCCUUCGAUUAGCCAAUCAGAAGGCAGCCGGCCAAGUCCCCGUCCACAUUGUACCCAAAGUUGCCCAGUCGGCAUCAUUCAGUCAUCCGGGUCAAAGUUCACCGGCAUCUGAUGAAAGAAAGUGCCUGAGGUUAUGUCAUGAGGAGACCGUGAAGAGACGGAGAAGAGAAACACGUCCCAUCUGUCCCUGUCCGUCCCCAGACUGGACGUAGUUGGACAUAAAAUAUUUCAUAAUUCAGCCUCCCAUUACCCCAGGAGUGUGUAUAUGUGUGUGUGUGUGUUGGCCUCAGACUAAUCCCAGUUCAGUGCAGCUCUCAGUUAUCAGUUGUCAGACCUGACAACACUGCGUCCUGAUUAAUGAUUCACUGACAGUGUAACGUGUUGUUUUUACAGUCUCGUAAGGAACAACUGGUUUACAUUAAUAAGCUGCAGGUGGAGCCCCGCCCUCUCACCCCCUCCCCACUCGUCCUCCCCUAUACCGUGCACCUCAGCUCCACCAUCCAGUAAAUGGAACAUCCCAGGGUUUAAAAGCAGCAGCUUCUCUGGCAGCCGACGAAAGAAUCUCUCAGCUCUUCGGAGAACAGCCGACGGAAACCCCAUCAGCUGAUGAAGCUGAGCUGAACUGCUGCCUGCACCGGAGACUCCUGAAGCUUCAUCCACUGCUGGAUUUUCUCCUCUCUCUCUCUCUCUCUCUCAGCUGAUCUUUGUAGGACCGCCUGCCUCCGCCAUGCCUCCUCAGCUUCAGCCCAGAAGCCAGAACGGACCCAGAGUCCUGCAGGGCGACCUCAGUGCUCUUAGCCCGGCUGUCAAGGAGUUCGUGGAGACCAGCGUGAGCCUGUGCCAGCCUGAAUCCAUCCACAUCUGCGACGGCUCCGAUGAGGAGAACCAGUCCAUCCUGACCCAACUGGAGGAGCAGGGGAUGAUCAAGAAGCUGAGCAAAUAUGAAAACUGCUGGUUGGCAAGGACAGACCCCAGAGACGUGGCACGAGUGGAGAGCAAAACGGUGAUUGUGACCCGGGACAGGAGGGACACGGCGCCUACACCUCGUACAGGAGAGGUCAGCCAGCUGGGUCGAUGGAUGUCCAUGGAAGAGUUUGACAAAGCUGUGGCUCAGCGGUUCCCAGGCUGCAUGAAAGGUCGUACCAUGUAUGUGAUUCCCUACAGCAUGGGUCCGGUGGGCUCGCCCCUCUCCAAGAUUGGUGUGGAGCUGACUGACUCCCCUUACGUUGUGGCCAGUAUGCGGGUGAUGACCCGCAUAGGGAAAGCUGUGUUGUCUGCCCUGGGAAGUGGAGAGUUCGUGCGCUGUCUGCACUCCGUGGGCUGUCCUCUUCCCCUCCGCAAACCGCUCGUGAACAACUGGCCCUGCGAUCCAGAGCAGACGUUAAUCGCCCACAUCCCUGACCGCAGACAGAUCGUGUCCUUUGGAAGCGGUUACGGAGGAAACUCUCUUCUGGGGAAGAAAUGCUUCGCUCUGCGCAUAGCUUCACGAAUCGCUAAGGAGGAAGGCUGGCUGGCCGAGCACAUGCUGAUACUUGGCGUCACCAACCCAGCUGGAGAGAAGAAGUACAUGGCAGCAGCUUUUCCCAGCGCCUGUGGGAAAACGAACCUGGCCAUGCUGCGCCCCACGCUGCCCGGCUGGAAGGUGGAGUGUGUGGGAGACGACAUCGCCUGGAUGAAGUUUGAUGAUGAAGGAAACCUACGAGCCAUCAACCCAGAAAAUGGCUUUUUUGGUGUGGCGCCUGGAACCUCGGCCAAAACCAACCCCAACGCUAUGGCAACCAUUAUCAAGAACACCAUCUUCACCAACGUGGCAGAGACCAGUGAUGGAGGCGUUUACUGGGAGGGCAUGGACCAGUCCCUGCCUGAAGGAGUAACUGUCACAUCCUGGAAAAACCAACCCUGGAGCCCAGAGGAUGAUGAACCCUGUGCUCAUCCCAACUCUCGAUUCUGCACUCCGGCUGAACAGUGUCCCAUUAUUGACCCACAGUGGGAAUCACCAGAGGGGGUUCCCAUCGAGGCCAUCAUAUUCGGAGGAAGGAGACCAGAAGGUGUCCCUCUUGUGUUUGAGGCCUUCAGCUGGCAGCACGGUGUGUUUGUUGGAGCAGCCAUGAGGUCAGAGGCUACAGCUGCAGCUGAACACAGAGGAAAAGUGAUCAUGCAUGACCCAUUUGCCAUGCGGCCAUUCUUUGGCUACAACUUUGGACAGUACCUCUCUCACUGGCUGAGCAUGGCCGACCGGCCCGGAGCCAAGCUUCCAAAGAUCUUCCACGUGAACUGGUUCCGUAAGAGCCCGACUGCCGGCUUCCUGUGGCCUGGUUUUGGAGACAACAUUCGGGUCCUGGACUGGAUGUUCAGGCGGCUGAAGGGCGAGACCGGUGCGAUGCCCUCUGCUGUAGGCUACAUGCCGUGUCAGGACUCUCUCAACCUGCAGGGUCUGGAGGGCCAGGUGGACCUGGACGAGCUCUUCUCCCUGGAUCAGAUGUUCUGGCAGAGGGAGGUGGAGGAGGUGAGGUCGUACUUCGUGGACCAGGUCAAUGACGACCUGCCUAAUGAGGUGGCCCGAGAGCUGGAGCUGCUGCAUCAGAGAGUGACCCAGAUGUAAGACAAACAGGCUACAGCGUUUCCGAUCCGACUUUACUGGACAUUAAAAAAAAAAACCAUUAGAAUCAGAGAAAUUAUUUAAAAAAAAAGUCCUGUAGAUCGGAGCAGACUUUUGUCUUUAGACUUCCGUCUUCAGGCAUCUGUUAUCCUCAACUGUCUCUCUUUUUUUUUUUUUACAAAUGUUUUGAUUAUAUAGAAAUAUAAAUUAUGUCACUAUAUCUUUAUUGUGUAUUUAUCUGGGAGUUUUUGAUGGGUGGUUUCUGACUGUAGAAUUAUUUAAAGAUUUUUUUUACAUCACACAUGACGAGAGUUUAUUUUUGUUGUUCUUGACGUAUUAUAAUUUUGUUCUGUUUCGAUCUGAAGUCUCCAAGUAGAGGAGAAAAUAAAAGGAAAUGAUUAAAACACUG